AUGACAACGACUAAUACAAAGUCAAGCAAGAUAAUUCGGAAGCACGCAGGCUGCAAGUCAUGCCGGCGGAGAGGUAAAAAGUGCGAUGAAGCCAAACCUUACUGCCGCGCCUGUGUCCGGUUAUCGCUGGAGUGCAGUUACGGGGUGAAUUUGACUUUCCGACACAUCGGCCAAGCUACUUUUCAGCGACAUACGCAGGUGAUUGUCGCUGAAAACGGUCCGCCGGCCAAACCCCGUCUCUUCAGUGACCUCACCGCAGCUGGAAUUUCUCCUUUCCCACUAGACCCUGGAGAUGGCCUUGAGGUCCGCUACCUGAGCCAUUUCCAGGAUCAUGUACGCCAUCUGCUGCCCGCGUUGUCGAUGACGUCUGUGGGGGGGAUUUUCGACGCCCCCUAUCUUCGUGCUGCCGCUGUCUGCAUCUCGGCCUCCAGCCUUUCCAUGCUCAACGCACAGAUCCAGAGUCGUCACCGCGUGGAUGACCAUCAAACUCCUGUGUUUAGCCCUCUGGUCGAUUCCCGCCAUCAUCGCCAAGCACGCAAUUACCAUGACCGCGCACUUCAACUCUGCCGCACCGCGAGUGCAAGCGAUGUUGCACACAAUGCAGCCUCGAUCCUGCGGACCCUCAUUCUCCUGGCUUACUACCACCACGCCUCGACAAACCAUCUCAAUUUCCGUCUAGCAGUUUGGGACACCCUCCGAUUUGUGUCACAAUGCCGGGAGCAGAUCAUGCGCUCCCCGGGCGGGAUCGGGGCCUUGCAGAUGUGGCACCGCCUGUGUGUCUCCCAUCGCCUGUCGAAGCCACCCUCGCUGCUCCUCGAGGGCGAGGGGGUCAGCUCGUUCGGCCCAAACUGUUUCCCAGAUCCCACCGAUCAUCUGUAUCUCAGCUGUGUUUUGGGGAUGAGUACAGAUGAUCUCAUUUAUGAUAUCUUGGUCAAGACUAUGGAGAUACGCUCCCGGCUGAUUGUGUUCCGUUCGGUAGCCAGCACGUACCGGAUCCAGGACUCGUCGAGAGAAAUCGGUCCUGUCGCGCAUAAAGUGUUGAACACAAUGCUGGGGAGAUACUCUGCACCGGACGAGUAUGACGAAGCACAAGAGGGCUUUGUGCGAGGUUCCCACUUGCUGGGCUUAUUGACGAUUCAGAAGGAACGGCUGGAGGUGUGGAGGUCGCGUGUGAAAGAGAGCAGGCAACUCGGCGAAAGAGUUGUCGGUGCAGCGACGGAGGAAGUAUCGUGUGGUGAUACCUCGAUUCCCUACCACUGGGCAUACCCUAGCCAUCGUGAUGCGAUGAACGCGGUCUACUGUAUCCUUUGCGAGAUGAUGUUCGAGGAAGCCCACGGGGCGUUCAUGUCUGAUGGGUCUCCCACCGACCGAAAUUCAGAUUCUCCUACAACUAAGCUUGACGACUUGGCGCACGGCGCAUGUCAAAUUAUAGGCACGUUGGACUUUACGACAUCGAGCACGGCGGAUGUUUACACAUUCAGUCUGGCAGAGUGCCUUCUUCAACUUGUCUUUCUAUGGCGAUCCGAUACCCUGUUCGACUACAUCCUCACCAUUGUAUGGCCGGAACUUGAAAGAAAGACCAGAGGCUUCGAGCAUUCGCACUAUCCCACCCAUCUCGCCAAGCGCAUCAUCUCGCAGAUCUCGGGAUACUGGUCCCAAGGACGGGCGGUGACGUUGGUUAUGCCGGCAGUGCCCGAAGACAUCUCGAAAUUGAAGCUGCUGGACAUCAAUCAGCCAAUCGAUGUGGUAGUGUGCGGACAUAAUGCGGAUGGCACGGCAUGGAUGGAGAAAACCCCGCUACGAUGA